AUGUCCAAGAAGAUCAUCACAGUGUUCGGAGCGACUGGUGCCCAGGGUGGCAGCGUCGUCAACACCUUCCUCAACGAUCCUAAGCUCAAGGCAGAGUGGGCAGUCCGCGGUGUCACCCGUGACACCACCAAGGACUCUUCCAAGGCGUUGGCGUCCAAGGGCGUCGAGGUUGUCAGUGCCGAUCUUGGAGACAAGGCGUCGUUGGCAGCUGCUGUCAAGGGUGCUACUGCCGUCUUCGCCGUGACCAACUACUGGGAUAAGCUGGACAAGGACUUGGAAAUCCAGCAGGGCAAGAACAUUGCGGACGCCGCGCAGGAGGCCGGCGUCCAGCACUUCAUCUUCAGCUCUCUGCUCGACAUCAACAAGCUCUCCAAGGGCGUCCUCCCAGACGUGUACCAUUUUGACAGCAAGGCCGCUGUUGAGGAAUACAUCCGGACCCUCUCCCUCCCCUCGACCUUCUUCCUCCCCGGCCUCUACAUGUCCAACUUCCCCGGCGGCAUGUUCCGCCAGACGCCUCCGGACAACGCGUGGGCCGUGAACCUGCCCAUCCCGGCGUCCGCGCCGAUCCCGCUCUUCGACACGGUGGCCGACACCGGAAAGUUCGUAAAGGGCAUCGUGCUGAACCGCGACAAGGUCCUCGGCAAGCGCGUGCUCGGUGCGACGGCAUACGUGACUGCCGGCGAGACGGUCGAGGUGUUCAAGAGGGUGUACCCCGAAGCCGGCAAGACGGCUAAGUACAACCAGCUCACGCACGACCAGUUCCGCGGGGCGCUCAAGGGCCAGGGCAUGCCCGACUUCGUGGCGGAGGAGAUGCUGCAGAACAUGAGGCUGCUGGAUGAGUUUGGAUACUACGGCGGCGAGAAGCUGGACGAGUCGCACGCCAUUGUCGAGGACAAGCUGACUACGUGGGAAGAGCACGUGAAGAACGCCAAGGCUUUUGCCGGGCUGCAGUGA